GCAAGGUCCUUCAGGCUACAGUCUACUUGCUCUUCUGGUGAACCAAAAUCACCUAUAUUUUGAAACCAUGUUUACUAUCCUGGAAAACAUCACUGACAUCAUUGACAUAUUCCACCAAUAUUCAAGAGAAGAAGAUAACAUUGAAACAAUGAGCAAAAAAGAGCUGAAGGAAAUUCUGGAAGAGCAGUUUCACCCAGUCUUGAAGAAUCCUGAUGACCCAGAUACUGCAGAUGUGUUCAUGCAUAUCCUAGACAUAGACCACAACAAUGAAAUAGAUUUCACAGAGUUUUUCCUCAUGGUGUUCAAGUUGGCACAAGCAUAUUAUGAUUCAACAAGAAGACAAAAAUUUCCAACAUCAAGACAAAGGAAGCAAAAACAUGAACACCAAAGUCACUAUGUAGAAGAUGAUGGAGAAGAAUAUCAAGAAGAGAAGGUAAAUGAAAAACACCGAAAAUCAACACUCACAAGACAAGGAAGGAAAGGGAGUAAGACAAGAUCCAAGAGCCCAAAGAAUAGUAAAAGAAGAAGCAGACAGCAGAGUUCCGGCAGUGACAACGAACUAAAUGGAAAUGAUAAAUCCACUUCUGGACAAAAACACAAAAGUGCAAAAAAACAUCAUGAUACAAAUGAGAGAAAGAAAAGAGAUCUAAGUUACAGUGAAGUACAAGAAAGAAAGUACUGGAAAGAUGUAAGUGAAAUUAGAGAGGGAACUGAGGAUGAUCAAGAUGUCAGAUAUGAAAAUAGAGGAAAUGGAAACUCUGAAAAAAGUACAAGGAAUCAUAAACAACCAAGAAUAAACAGGGAAACAGAAAAGUUAUCUCAACAAAACACUGGUUCAUAUUCAACCCAGGGAAGGUCAAGAACCCGCUCACAGGAAAGACCCAGGUUCCAAAACGAGCAGUCCACAGACCGCUCCGGACACUCAGGCAGUGGCCACGGACAAUCAUCCUCCGGGUCCAGGACGGACAGAAGACGGGGUUCCAGCGUCAGCCAGGAGAGUGACAGCGAGGGACAGUCCCAAGAUACAGGGAGACACAACCACACCACCCAGGGCAGGACAGGCUCCAGCUCCAGAGGCCAAGGGGGCCAGUCAACCCACCGCCAGGUCACAGACAGCUCCAGACGCUCGGGCACACAGCAAGGACAGGCAGCUUCACAGAGGCACUCUGCUUCUGGCAACAGGCACUCAGGUUCCACCACCACCAGAGGACAUGGCCAGGACACAGACAGCUCCAGACACUCGGGCACAGGCCGUGGACAGGGAUCUUCUGGCUCUGUGAGCCACAGACACCAAGGAUCCGGCAAUGGUCAGGUCAGUGACAGUGAGGGGCAGUCAGAAGUCUCAGACACUCAGAGAGGGGGACGCACGUCCUCCAGGUCCAGGACUGACAGAAGACGGGGUUCCAGCGUCAGCCAGGAGAGCGACAGCGAGGGACAGUCCCAAGGUACAGGGAGACACAACCACACCACCCAGGGCAGGACAGGCUCCAGCUCCAGAAGCCAAGGGGGCCAGUCAACCCACGGCCAGGUCACAGACAGCUCCAGGCACUCGGGCACACAGCAAGGCCAGGGAGGUUCACAGAGUCACUCCACCUCUGGCAACAGGCACUCAGGUUCCAACACAACCAGAGAAGGACACAGCCAGGACACAGACAGCUCCAGACACUCGGGCACAGGCCGUGGACAGGGCUCCUCUAGAUCUCAGAGCCGCAGACACCACGGAUCUGACAAUGGUCAGGCCAGCGACAGUGAGGAGCAGUCAGAAGUCUCAGACACUCAGGCAGGGUCAGCCCACCAACCCUCUGGGUCUUCUCAAGAGCAGCAGGGUGAGGCCCCAAGCGCAAAGUCCCAUGAGAGGUCCAGACACUCUGGCUCUCGCCUCUACUAUGUAUACUCCCAUGAAGACCCAGAGUUGGACCAGCGUCACUCAAACUCCAGUGCUGGUGGAAGACAAGGGACACGCCAGCAGCAGGCUCGGGACAGCUCGAGAAACACAGGGUCUCAAGCCAGCCAGGCUUCCACUGGAAGGCACUCCGAGGUGACCCACCACCAAUCUGGAACCAGCACUGGCGGCAGACACGGAUCCCACCAGGUGCAGUCAUCAGACAGCACCAGGCACUCAGGGGCCGGUCACCAUCAGAACACCACGCAGACCGACAGCUCUAGACACUCCCACUCUGGCCAUGGCUCAUCCACAUCUGAAAACCCCACCAACAGGCAGCGAGGCUCCAGCAUCAGUCAGGAGAGCGACAGUGAGGGGCAGGCAGAGGUUUCAAACACACAAUCUGUGUCUGGAUCUGGAAGACAGCACGGAUCCUCCCUGGGCCAGUCAAGAGACAGCUCUAGGCACUCUGCUCAGUCUGGGUCUGCCCGUGGCCAGUCAGCCUCAGGGACCGGAAGGAGACAGGGCUCUAGCCAUGGACAGGCUGUAGACACCUCUCAGUGGCACGGCUCUCAGCAAGCUGACACUACGUCUCCACGGCACUCUGGCUCCAGCUCCACCCAGGGAAGGUCAACAUCCCGCUCACGGGGAAGACACGGGGCCCAGAGCGAGCAGUCCACAGACCGCUCCGGACACUCAGGCAGCGGCCACGGACAAUCAUCCUCCGGGUCCAGGACGGACAGAAGACGGGGUUCCAGCGUCAGCCAGGAGAGUGACAGCGAGGGACAGUCCCAAGGUACAGGGAGACACAACCACACCACCCAGGGCAGGACAGGCUCCAGCUCCAGAAGCCAAGGGGGCCAGUCAACCCACGGCCAGGUCACAGACAGCUCCAGGCACUCGGGCACACAGCAAGGCCAGGGAGCUUCACAGAGACACUCUGCUUCUGGCAACAGGCACUCAGGUUCCACCACCACCAGAGAAGGACACAGCCAGGACACAGACAGCUCCAGACACUCGGGCACAGGCCGUGGACAGGGCUCUUCUGGAUCUGUGAGCCACAGACACCAAGGAUCCGGCAAUGGUCAGGUCAGUGACAGUGAGGGGCAGUCAGAAGUCUCAGACACUCAGAGAGGGGGACGCACGUCCUCCAGGUCCAGGACUGACAGAAGACGGGGUUCCAGCGUCAGCCAGGAGAGCGACAGCGAGGGACAGUCCCAAGGUACAGGGAGACACAACCACACCACCCAGGGCAGGACAGGCUCCAGCUCCAGAAGCCAAGGGGGCCAGUCAACCCACGGCCAGGUCACAGACAGCUCCAGGCACUCGGGCACACAGCAAGGCCAGGGAGGUUCACAGAGGCACUCCGCCUCUGGCAACAGGCACUCAGAUUCCACCACCACCAGAGAAGGACACGGCCAGGACACAGACAGCUCCAGACACUCGGGCACAGGCCGUGGACAGGGCUCCUCUGGCUCUCGGAGCCGCAGACACCACGGAUCCGACAAUGGUCAGGCCAGCGACAGUGAGGGGCAGUCAGAAGUCUCAGACACUCAGGCAGGGUCAGCCCACCAACCCUCUGGGUCUUCUCAAGAGCGGCAGCGUGAGGCCCCAAGCGCAAAGUCCCAUGAGAGGUCCAGACACUCUGGCUCUCGCCUCUACUAUGUAUACUCCCAUGAAGACCCAGAGUUGGACCAGCGUCACUCAAACUCCAGUGCUGGUGGAAGACAAGGGACACGCCAGCAGCAGGCUCGGGACAGCUCGAGAAACACAGGGUCUCAAGCCAGCCAGGCUUCCACUGGAAGGCACUCCGAGGUGACCCACCACCAAUCUGGAACCAGCACUGGCAGCAGACACGGAUCCCACCAGGUGCAGUCAUCAGACAGCACCAGGCACUCAGGGGCCGGUCACCAUCAGAACACCACCCAGACCGACAGCUCUAGACACUCCCGCUCUGGCCAUGGCUCAUCCACAUCUGAAACCCCCACCAACAGGCAGCGAGGCUCCAGCAUCAGUCAGGAGAGCGACAGUGAGGGGCAGGCAGAGGUUUCAGACACACAAUCUGUGUCUGGAUCUGGAAGACAGCACGGAUCCUCCCUGGGCCAGUCAAGAGACAGCUCUAGGCACUCUGCUCAGUCUGGGUCUGCCCGUGGCCAGUCAGCCUCAGGGACCGGAAGGAGACAGGGCUCUAGCCAUGGACAGGCUGUAGACACCUCUCAGCGGCACGGCUCUCAACAAGCUGACACUACGUCUCCACGGCACUCUGGCUCCAGCUCCACCCAGGGAAGGUCAACAUCCCGCUCACAGGGAAGACACGGGGCCCAGAGCGAGCAGUCCACAGACCGCUCCGGACACUCAGGCAGUGGCCACGGACAAUCAUCCUCCGGGUCCAGGACGGACAGAAGACGGGGUUCCAGCAUCAGCCAGGAGAGCGACAGCGAGGGACAGUCCCAAGGUACAGGGAGACACAACCACACCACCCAGGGCAGGACAGGCUCCAGCUCCAGAAGCCAAGGGGGCCAGUCAACCCACGGCCAGGUCACAGACAGCUCCAGGCACUCGGGCACACAGCAAAUCCAGGCAGCUUCACAGAGACACUCUGCUUCUGGCAACAGGCACUCAGGUUCCACCACCACCAGAGAAGGACACAGCCAGGACACAGACAGCUCCAGACACUCGGGCACAGGCCGUGGACAGGGCUCUUCUGGAUCUGUGAGCCACAGACACCAAGGAUCCGGCAAUGGUCAGGUCAGUGACAGUGAGGGGCAGUCAGAAGUCUCAGACACUCAGAGAGGAGGACGCACGUCCUCCAGGUCCAGGACUGACAGAAGACGGGGUUCCAGCGUCAGCCAGGAGAGCGACAGCGAGGGACAGUCCCAAGGUACAGGGAGACACAACCACACCACCCAGGGCAGGACAGGCUCCAGCUCCAGAAGCCAAGGGGGCCAGUCAACCCACGGCCAGGUCACAGACAGCUCCAGGCACUCGGGCACACAGCAAGGCCAGGGAGGUUCACAGAGGCACUCCGCCUCUGGCAACAGGCACUCAGAUUCCACCACCACCAGAGAAGGACACGGCCAGGACACAGACAGCUCCAGACACUCGGGCACAGGCCGUGGACAGGGCUCCUCUGGCUCUCGGAGCCGCAGACACCACGGAUCCGACAAUGGUCAGGCCAGCGACAGUGAGGGGCAGUCAGAAGUCUCAGACACUCAGGCAGGGUCAGCCCACCAACCCUCUGGGUCUUCUCAAGAGCGGCAGCGUGAGGCCCCAAGCGCAAAGUCCCAUGAGAGGUCCAGACACUCUGGCUCUCGCCUCUACUAUGUAUACUCCCAUGAAGACCCAGAGUUGGACCAGCGUCACUCAAACUCCAGUGCUGGUGGAAGACAAGGGACACGCCAGCAGCAGGCUCGGGACAGCUCGAGAAACACAGGGUCUCAAGCCAGCCAGGCUUCCACUGGAAGGCACUCCGAGGUGACCCACCACCAAUCUGGAACCAGCACUGGCAGCAGACACGGAUCCCACCAGGUGCAGUCAUCAGACAGCACCAGGCACUCAGGGGCCGGUCACCAUCAGAACACCACCCAGACCGACAGCUCUAGACACUCCCGCUCUGGCCAUGGCUCAUCCACAUCUGAAACCCCCACCAACAGGCAGCGAGGCUCCAGCAUCAGUCAGGAGAGCGACAGUGAGGGGCAGGCAGAGGUUUCAGACACACAAUCUGUGUCUGGAUCUGGAAGACAGCACGGAUCCUCCCUGGGCCAGUCAAGAGACAGCUCUAGGCACUCUGCUCAGUCUGGGUCUGCCCGUGGCCAGUCAGCCUCAGGGACCGGAAGGAGACAGGGCUCUAGCCAUGGACAGGCUGUAGACACCUCUCAGCGGCACGGCUCUCAGCAAGCUGACACUACGUCUCCACGGCACUCUGGCUCCAGCUCCACCCAGGGAAGGUCAACAUCCCGCUCACAGGGAAGACACGGGGCCCAGAGCGAGCAGUCCACAGACCGCUCCGGACACUCAGGCAGUGGCCACGGACAAUCAUCCUCCGGGUCCAGGACGGACAGAAGACGGGGUUCCAGCGUCAGCCAGGAGAGCGACAGCGAGGGACAGUCCCAAGGUACAGGGAGACACAACCACACCACCCAGGGCAGGACAGGCUCCAGCUCCAGAAGCCAAGGGGGCCAGUCAACCCACGGCCAGGUCACAGACAGCUCCAGGCACUCGGGCACACAGCAAGGCCAGGCAGCUUCACAGAGACACUCUGCUUCUGGCAACAGGCACUCAGGUUCCACCACCACCAGAGAAGGACACAGCCAGGAAACAGACAGCUCCAGACACUCGGGCACAGGCCGUGGACAGGGCUCUUCUGGAUCUGUGAGCCACAGACACCAAGGAUCCGGCAAUGGUCAGGUCAGUGACAGUGAGGGGCAGUCAGAAGUCUCAGACACUCAGAGAGGGGGACGCACGUCCUCCAGGUCCAGGACUGACAGAAGACGGGGUUCCAGCGUCAGCCAGGAGAGCGACAGCGAGGGACAGUCCCAAGGUACAGGGAGACACAACCACACCACCCAGGGCAGGACAGGCUCCAGCUCCAGAAGCCAAGGGGGCCAGUCAACCCACGGCCAGGUCACAGACAGCUCCAGGCACUCGGGCACACAGCAAGGCCAGGGAGGUUCACAGAGGCACUCCGCCUCUGGCAACAGGCACUCAGAUUCCACCACCACCAGAGAAGGACACGGCCAGGACACAGACAGCUCCAGACACUCGGGCACAGGCCGUGGACAGGGCUCCUCUGGCUCUCGGAGCCGCAGACACCACGGAUCCGACAAUGGUCAGGCCAGCGACAGUGAGGGGCAGUCAGAAGUCUCAGACACUCAGGCAGGGUCAGCCCACCAACCCUCUGGGUCUUCUCAAGAGCGGCAGCGUGAGGCCCCAAGCGCAAAGUCCCAUGAGAGGUCCAGACACUCUGGCUCUCGCCUCUACUAUGUAUACUCCCAUGAAGACCCAGAGUUGGACCAGCGUCACUCAAACUCCAGUGCUGGUGGAAGACAAGGGACACGCCAGCAGCAGGCUCGGGACAGCUCGAGAAACACAGGGUCUCAAGCCAGCCAGGCUUCCACUGGAAGGCACUCCGAGGUGACCCACCACCAAUCUGGAACCAGCACUGGCGGCAGACACGGAUCCCACCAGGUGCAGUCAUCAGACAGCACCAGGCACUCAGGGGCCGGUCACCAUCAGAACACCACCCAGACCAACAGCUCUAGACACUCCCGCUCUGGCCAUGGCUCAUCCACAUCUGAAACCCCCACCAACAGGCAGCGAGGCUCCAGCAUCAGUCAGGAGAGCGACAGUGAGGGGCAGGCAGAGGUUUCAGACACACAAUCUGUGUCUGGAUCUGGAAGACAGCACGGAUCCUCCCUGGGCCAGUCAAGAGACAGCUCUAGGCACUCUGCUCAGUCUGGGUCUGCCCGUGGCCAGUCAGCCUCAGGGACCGGAAGGAGACAGGGCUCUAGCCAUGGACAGGCUGUAGACACCUCUCAGCGGCACGGCUCUCAGCAAGCUGACACUACGUCUCCACGGCACUCUGGCUCCAGCUCCACCCAGGGAAGGUCAACAUCCCGCUCACAGGGAAGACACGGGGCCCAGAGUGAGCCGUCCACAGACCGCUCCGGACACUCAGGCAGCGGCCACGGACAAUCAUCCUCCGGGUCCAGGACGGACAGAAGACGGGGUUCCAGCGUCAGCCAGGAGAGCGACAGCGAGGGACAGUCCCAAGGUACAGGGAGACACAACCACACCACCCAGGGCAGGACAGGCUCCAGCUCCAGAAGCCAAGGGGGCCAGUCAACCCACGGCCAGGUCACAGACAGCUCCAGACGCUCGGGCACACAGCAAGGCCAGGCAGCUUCACAGAGACACUCUGCUUCUGGCAACAGGCACUCAGGUUCCACCACCACCAGAGAAGGACACAGCCAGGACACAGACAGCUCCAGACACUCGGGCACAGGCCGUGGACAGGGCUCUUCUGGAUCUGUGAGCCACAGACACCAAGGAUCCGGCAAUGGUCAGGUCAGUGACAGUGAGGGGCAGUCAGAAGUCUCAGACACUCAGAGAGGAGGACGCACGUCCUCCAGGUCCAGGACUGACAGAAGACGGGGUUCCAGCGUCAGCCAGGAGAGCGACAGCGAGGGACAGUCCCAAGGUACAGGGAGACACAACCACACCACCAAGGGCAGGACAGGCUCCAGCUCCAGAAGCCAAGGGGGCCAGUCAACCCACGGCCUGGACACAGACAGCUCCAGACACUCGGGCACAGGCCGUGGACAGGGCUCCUCUAGCUCUCGGAGCCGCAGACACCACGGAUCCGACAAUGGUCAGGCCAGCGACAGUGAGGGGCAGUCAGAAGUCUCAGACACUCAGGCAGGGUCAGCCCACCAACCCUCUGGGUCUUCUCAAGAGCGGCAGCGUGAGGCCCCAAGCGCAAAGUCCCAUGAGAGGUCCAGACACUCUGGCUCUCGCCUCUACUAUGUAUACUCCCAUGAAGACCCAGAGUUGGACCAGCGUCACUCAAACUCCAGUGCUGGUGGAAGACAAGGGACACGCCAGCAGCAGGCUCGGGACAGCUCGAGAAACACAGGGUCUCAAGCCAGCCAGGCUUCCACUGGAAGGCACUCCGAGGUGACCCACCACCAAUCUGGAACCAGCACUGGCGGCAGACACGGAUCCCACCAGGUGCAGUCAUCAGACAGCACCAGGCACUCAGGGGCCGGUCACCAUCAGAACACCCCCCAGACCGACAGCUCUAGACACUCCCGCUCUGGCCAUGGCUCAUCCACAUCUGAAACCCCCACCAACAGGCAGCGAGGCUCCAGCAUCAGUCAGGAGAGCGACAGUGAGGGGCAGGCAGAGGUUUCAGACACACAAUCUGUGUCUGGAUCUGGAAGACAGCACGGAUCCUCCCUGGGCCAGUCAAGAGACAGCUCUAGGCACUCUGCUCAGUCUGGGUCUGCGCGUGGCCAGUCAGUCUCAGGGACCGGAAGGAGACAGGGCUCUAGCCAUGGACAGGCUGUAGACACCUCUCAGCGGCACGGCUCUCAGCAAGCUGACACUACGUCUCCACGGCACUCUGGCUCCAGCUCCACCCAGGGAAGGUCAACAUCCCGCUCACAGGGAAGACACGGGUCUCAGAACCAGCAGUCCACAGACCGCUCCGGACACUCAGGCAGCGGCCACGGACAAUCAUCCUCCGGGUCCAGGACGGACAGAAGACGGGGUUCCAGCGUCAGCCAGGAGAGCGACAGCGAGGGACAGUCCCAAGGUACAGGGAGACACAACCACACCACCCAGGGCAGGACAGGCUCCAGCUCCAGAAGCCAAGGGGGCCAGUCAACCCACGGCCAGGUCACAGACAGCUCCAGGCACUCGGGCACACAGCAAGGCCAGGCAGCUUCACAGAGACACUCUGCUUCUGGCAACAGGCACUCAGGUUCCACCACCACCAGAGAAGGACACAGCCAGGACACAGACAGCUCCAGACACUCGGGCACAGGCCGUGGACAGGGCUCUUCUGGAUCUGUGAGCCACAGACACCAAGGAUCCAGCAAUGGUCAGGUCAGUGACAGUGAGGGGCAGUCAGAAGUCUCAGACACUCAGAGAGGAGGACGCACGUCCUCCAGGUCCAGGACUGACAGAAGACGGGGUUCCAGCGUCAGCCAGGAGAGCGACAGCGAGGGACAGUCCCAAGGUACAGGGAGACACAACCACACCACCCAGGGCAGGACAGGCUCUAGCUCCAGAGGCCAAGGGGGCCAGUCAACCCACGGCCAGGUCACAGACAGCUCCAGGCACUCGGGCACACAGCAAGGCCAGGGAGGUUCACAGAGGCACUCCGCCUCUGGCAACAGGCACUCAGAUUCCACCACCACCAGAGAAGGACACGGCCAGGACACAGACAGCUCCAGACACUCGGGCACAGGCCGUGGACAGGGCUCCUCUGGCUCUCGGAGCCGCAGACACCACGGAUCCGACAAUGGUCAGGCCAGCGACAGUGAGGGGCAGUCAGAAGUCUCAGACACUCAGGCAGGGUCAGCCCACCAACCCUCUGGGUCUUCUCAAGAGCGGCAGCGUGAGGCCCCAAGCGCAAAGUCCCAUGAGAGGUCCAGACACUCUGGCUCUCGCCUCUACUAUGUAUACUCCCAUGAAGACCCAGAGUUGGACCAGCGUCACUCAAACUCCAGUGCUGGUGGAAGACAAGGGACACGCCAGCAGCAGGCUCGGGACAGCUCGAGAAACACAGGGUCUCAAGCCAGCCAGGCUUCCACUGGAAGGCACUCCGAGGUGACCCACCACCAAUCUGGAACCAGCACUGGCGGCAGACACGGAUCCCACCAGGUGCAGUCAUCAGACAGCACCAGGCACUCAGGGGCCGGUCACCAUCAGAACACCACCCAGACUGACAGCUCUAGACACUCCCGCUCUGGCCAUGGCUCAUCCACAUCUGAAACCCCCACCAACAGGCAGCGAGGCUCCAGCAUCAGUCAGGAGAGCGACAGUGAGGGGCAGGCAGAGGUUUCAGACACACAAUCUGUGUCUGGAUCUGGAAGACAGCACGGAUCCUCCCUGGGCCAGUCAAGAGACAGCUCUAGGCACUCUGCUCAGUCUGGGUCUGCCCAUGGCCAGUCUGCCUCAGGGACCGGAAGGAGACAGGGCUCUAGCCAUGGACAGGCUGUAGACACCUCUCAGCGGCACGGCUCUCAGCAAGCUGACACUACGUCUCCACGGCACUCUGGCUCCAGCUCCACCCAGGGAAGGUCAACAUCCCGCUCACAGGGAAGACAUGGGGCCCAGAGCGAGCAGUCCACAGACCGCUCCGGACACUCAGGCAGCGGCCACGGACAAUCAUCCUCCGGGUCCAGGACAGACAGAAGACGGGGUUCCAGCGUCAGCCAGGAGAGCGACAACGAGGGACAGUCCCAAGGUACAGGGAGACACAACCACACCACCCAGGGCACGACAGGCUCCAGCUCCAGAAGCCAAGGGAGCCAGUCAACCCACGGCCAGGUCACAGACAGCUCCAGGCACUCGGGCACACAGCAAGGCCAGGCAGCUUCACAGAGGCACUCUGCUUCUGGCAACAGGCACUCAAGUUCCAACACCACCAGAGAAGGACAUGGCCAGGACACAGGCAGCUCCAGCCACUCAGGCACAGGCCGUGGACAGGGCUCUUCUGGCUCUGUGAGCCACAGACACCAAGGAUCCAGCAAUGGUCAGGUCAGUGACAGUGAGGGGCAGUCAGAAGUCUCAGACACUCAGAGAGGGGGACGCACGUCCUCCAGGUCCAGGACUGACAGAAGACGGGGUUCCAGCGUCAGCCAGGAGAGCGACAGCGAGGGACAGUCCCAAGGUACAGGGAGACACAACCACACCACCCAGGGCAGGACAGGCUCCAGCUCCAGAGGCCAAGGGGGCCAGUCAACCCACGGCCUGGUCACAGACAGCUCCAGGCGCUCGGGCACACAGCAAGGCCAGGGAGGUUCACAGAGGCACUCUGCCUCUGGCAACAGGCAGUCAGGUUCCUCCACCACCAGAGAGGGACAGGGCCAGGACACAGACACUUCCAGACACUCGGGCUCUGGCCGUGGACAGGGCUCCUCUGGCUCUGGGACUCGUGGACACCAAGGAUCUGGCCUCAUUCAAGUCAGCGACAGUGAGGUGCAGUCAGAGCCAUCAGACACUCAAGCAGUGUCUUCUGGUAGCAAUAGAAGUAAUAACAAAAUUCUAUAUCCUGGCCAUGCUUCUUCUAAGACUGGAUGGACAAGUUCAAAUUCUAAGCAAUUGGAAUUUUGUCUCUCACAGAAGUAUUAUAUUUAUGAGUGAAAUUAUUUUAUUUACUCAUAAAUAAAUAAAAUGCAGUAUAGCAUAUUCAAAAAAAUAUUCUAUAAUCAUUUAAAAUAUAUUCAUUUAUUUCUUUCAAUAUAUAAAUGUAUUUCUGAUGGAAUUGUUUCUACUUGAUACUCUGAAAUUUCUAUCUUUCUUGGGUUACUGAUUACAUAUGUACAAGCUAAGUAAUUGACAUUGACUUCAUUAUUCUCCUUUUUAUUUACCCCCAUUUUUGGUUUCAUUAAUAUGUGCUGGGUAUAGAAAAAUUUAAAAAUGUUGAAAAUUCCAAAUAAACAAUUGAUCUACCAUCUA